AUGACGUCCUCGAACCUCGCCGGAGAGCCAAAUGUGCCUGAUGAUAGCAUCAAGGAGACAUUUCCGAGCCAAGAUUCCGCUGAAGACACAAAAGUCGAGAGUGAAACUGAAUCGACCGAAGAGACAAGCUCCAAUAAUGUAGUGUUGCAGUCUUCGAAGUAUAAAUCAAGCUGGCUUCGUAGGAUACUAACACCGAAGAAUUGUCGAUGGAACGAUGAGUCGCCACCGGCUUUGUCCAUGAGACAUUGCUUUCUCUACGCCUUGGCUUCGGGUACAACUGUUGCAAACCUCUAUUACAACCAGCCAAUUCUCAACAAGAUAGCUGCCACGUUCAACGUCUCUUACGAGGAAUCCUCACAGGUUGCAACACUAUUGCAGUCGGGAUACGCAGCUGGUCUCAUCUUCAUUCUGCCCCUUGGCGAUAUCCUCGAAAGACGGCCAUUUAUCAUUGCUCUUGUUCUCGCCACGGCAACAAUGUGGAUAGGGCUCUGCGUGACAAACGACUUUACCGUCUUCCGGGCUUUGUCUUUCGUAUGCGGUGCUACCACCGUGACACCGCAGCUCAUGGUUCCCCUCGUGGGCGACUUUGCACCCGCUCACCGAAAAGCGUCCCUCCUGGCCAUCGUUACGUCAGGGCUGAUGCUCGGCCUGUUGAUGGCCAGGCUGCUCUCGGGCGUCGUAGCAAACUUCACCAGCUGGCGCAACAUCUACUGGCUGGCGUGCGGUCUGCAGUAUCUUAUGGGCGUUGUGCUCUUCUGCUUCAUGCCCGACUAUCCGUCCACGAACCCGGACGGGCUUAACUACUUGCAUGCUCUCGCGUCGAUUCCUCGUAUGAUGGUUACGGAGCCGGUGCUCAUACAGGCGUGUCUUAUUUCGUUUACUCUGUCGGCCGUGUUUACGUCGUUCUGGACGACAUUGACCUUCCUCCUUGCUUCUCCACCGUUUGAUUAUACAUCUCUACAGAUUGGUCUUUUCUCCUUGACUGCACUGGCGACUAUCCUAGCCAUUCCUUUGAUAGGGAGGUUGAUCGAUCGUUACGUGCCUCUGUUGUCGACGUUAGGCGGACAGAUCAUAGCAUUAAUCGGGGCAAUUGUAGGAACAUUCACAGGAAACUUCACCGUGGCUGGGCCUGUGAUCCAGGCGAUAGGUAUGGAUGUAGGCAUGCAGACAGCCCAAGUAUCGAACCGCUCAGCCAUCUUCAGCAUCAACCCCAAAGCCCGCAAUCGAGUCAACACAGCAUACAUGGCAUUGGCUUUCGCUGGACAGUUGACCGGUACAGCUGUGGGAAACAGGCUAUACGCCAGCGGAGGCUGGAAGAGAAGCGGCGGAUGCAGCAUCGCGUUUGUGGGGUUGUCAAUCUUGAUCUCUCUUGCGAGGGGACCCAGAGAAAAGGGAUGGGUUGGCUGGAAAGGGGGCUGGCAUGUUCGACGGGAGAAGGCUGUUACGACACAGGUUGAAGAUGAAGAAAUAUGUAAUGAGCAGCAGAAUAAGGAGGAAAAGUAG